AUGGCUAGGAAGAGGUCUUCCUCUAGGUUAGAAGUUGGAGACGAAGAGGUGGACAACGACCUACGGUCGUUGGCAGCUGAACAGGAAACGGCUAGAGAACAGCAGAGAACACGGAAACGAAGAUAUCAGUAUGCUCCAAUGACUCAGGUUGAUGAAACUAAUGCAAGAUCGCAGUCUGCCACUCAGGACGAAAUUGGGGAGGCGAUACCAUCAGGUUACAUCAAGAAAAUCUCUUUACGUAACUUCAUGUGUCAUGAGAACUUCCAAUUGGAGCUCGGUCCCAGGCUGAAUUUCAUUGUAGGUAGCAAUGGGAGUGGAAAAAGUGCGAUUCUAACGGCUAUAACGAUCGGUCUGGGAGCGAAAGCCAGCGACACACAAAGAGGCUCCGCUCUCAGGAAUCUGAUAAGGGAAGGAACUCAUCAAGCUAAGAUAACUCUCCAUCUUGAGAACGGCAGACAUGGAUCGUACAAUCCGGAAGAGUUCGGCAGGGAAAUUAUUGUACAAAGGACGAUCAAAUCGGAUGGCACCUCGACCUUCAGUUUGCAGUCAGAAACAGGUCAUGAAAUAAGCAGUAAGAAAAAAGACGUGCAAGCUGUAAUGGAUUACUUCUCGCUGCCGAUCAACAAUCCUAUGUGCUUCCUAUCUCAAGAUGCAGCGAGAUCGUUUCUCACUGCAAGUACGGCUCAUGAUAAGUAUGUACUCUUCAUGAAGGCCACAUUGCUGCAAGAAGUCUCGGAGAGUUUGGAGAAAGCGCAGGAGAUAAACCAUCGUGCGCAAAUAAAUAUGGCUUAUCAUUUGCGCAACUUACAGGAUUUGAAGGACGAAUACGAGGAAUCAAAGAGGCUGUUGCAGGAGUUCAACAAAGCCGCAGAUUUGAACGAACGGAAAAGACUUUUGCAAGGUAAAUCAUUGUGGAUAGAUGUGAAACAAAAUACGGAAGCGAAUGAUAGACUGAAAGCUCAAAUUAAAGCUCAGGAGGAGAGGAUUCGACGAUAUAUGGACAAAAUAAGAUCCAAGAAGGAUAGGAUAGAGAGAUUUAUGGUUGACAGAGAUGCACAGACCGGCAGUAUCGAUAUCAAAGUUGCAGAGCUAUCUGACAAGGCCGAGAGCCAUAAACAGGCAGAGCGAGCCAUGCAAGCUGCUGAAUCGAGGUAUGAGGCUGAACGAGAGAAACAGGAAUCCUUAAAAACAGCGAUGAAAGAGUGUGAGGCUAAGGUAAAAUCACUUGACGCCCUAAUAAGUCGAACCGAGCAAGAGCUGCGGGACGAGAUGGGGGGCGAUCGGGAGCAGAUGAGGCAGGAAAUCCUUAAGAUUGAGGCAGACAAUGAGGAGUUGAGAAGCAAAUUAAUUUCUAUUGCUGAAGAGGAGCAUAGACUCAAGGGCAACGAGAAAACGCUCAUCGACCGACGGCAGGCCGACGUAAAUAACAAAGAAAGAAGCAUUCACAGUAAAAGAAAUGAACUGCAGCAGAUUACGAGAGAAAAUUCUGAUCUUUUAAGCAAUUUUGAUCGCCAAAUGCCCUUUCUGCUAAAAAAGAUUAAAGAAAGAGCAACGGAAUUUAAGGUAAUCCCGGUAGGUCCUCUUGGGAUACACGUUACAGUGAAGUCAGGGUUCGAGAAUUGGUCUCGCGCCAUUCAGAGACAGCUUUCGCCAUGGCUGAGCAACUUUUUAGUUGCCAACCAAGAAGACUCUCGGCUUUUGAGGCAGAUCAUACGAUCUUGCGAUAUAAGAGCCAACAUAUCGAUAACCAAUUAUUCGUUGGGUAGAACCUUUCGGUAUAGAAAAGCCCAAACUCAAUAUCCUAGCAUAUUGGAUGCUUUGGAAUUCUCAUCUACAGACAUCGAGUUCUUUUUUAUCGAUUUGGCUUACGUCGCCAAUAUUGUUCUAAUCAAAGACAGAAAUGAGGCCCGUCAAUAUCUGAUUCAGAGACCGCAAGACGUUCGACUGGCACUUGCGCUCAGGGAUCGUUCUUCUGGCUAUCAGAUUGUUGGCGGAAGAAGAAUUGACACAGUCACGUAUCAUAGUAGGUCUUUAUUGAAGGUAAAAUCUUCAACAAAUAGUGAUUCCACGUAUGUGAAUGAUUUAAUUCGGCAAGAGAUGAUGGAACUGCAAGGUAUCAAGAAAAGGUACGAUGUUGAAUUGGAACACACUCGAUCGGUGCUGCGUACAUUGAGGAACAGCUAUCUUAAAUUUGAGGCAGACCUUGCAAAAAACGAUUCGACCAUCGAAGUGUUGAGGAGAAAGACGAAUAAAGUCGUUGAUACGGGAUCGCUGGAAUCCGCUAUCAAUGAGAAGCGAAAGACGCAGGAAAUCAUUGCAAGUUACGAGGCAACUGCCGCGGACCUCUCUGCUAAGAUUAAAAUGCUUGAGGAAGAGAUUAAGCCUUUGAAAUUUAAAUUCGAUGAGACUAGAAACAUUCUGAAAUCGGCGCAAGAGGAAGUUGAACGUCUCAGAUGUGGGGUCGAAAGCAGAAGUGCCAAAAUUCAGAAAUGGAAAGAUGACAUCGAAGAUAUGCAGCGAGAGAUAGAAGAAUCCCAAGGCCUCAUACAGAGUAAAAGAGAAAACGUUAAUUCCUUGGAAAAGGGUAUUAGAGAGCAGAAAGCCAAUGCUAAUGAAUUCUGCUCACAAGAACAAGCUGACAAUUCAGAUCUGCCUAACAAUCAACAGGAAAUAAGACGCGAAUUGGAUAGGCUAUCCAGAAUGAUACUCAGGGCAGAAAGAGAAGUUGGAAUAUCCCAGCAGCAAGCUGUUGAGUUAUUCGAGAAGAGCAGAUCCAAAUAUAGAGAAGCUCAGGACAAGUGCCUCGAAAUCAACCAGACCCUUGAUAUGAUCUUCAAAUCCAUACAAGCCCGCGUUCUGAACUUUCAGUCGGCUCAAAGAACUACAUGUCUGGACGCAGAUUUGGACUUCCGAGCGUCGUUGAGGGUCAGAAGGCUAUCGGGACAUCUGUCUUUCAUCAACACAUCAAAACAGCUUGAAAUAUAUAUCCUAACGCCCAAUGACGAAAAUGCUAGAAGUGUCGAUAAUUUAUCAGGAGGCGAAAAAUCCUUUGCCCAAAUGGCAUUACUAUUGGCUACGUGGAAACCAAUGCGUUCCAGAAUCAUUGCCUUGGAUGAGUUUGAUGUGUUCAUGGAUCAGGUAAAUAGGAAAAUUGGUACAAGCUUAAUUUUGAAGAAGUUGAAGGACAGUUCCAGAACGCAAACGAUUAUCAUAACACCACAAGAUAUAGGAAGAAUUGCUGACAUCGAGAACAGCGGUGUUACUAUCCACCGAAUGCGAGAUCCUGAACGACAAAAUAAUUCGUCCUCCUAA